UGACGUUGAACUGACGCCAUCGAAGAGUCGAGUUUGUGUUGAUUCGUUUGUUGUUGUGUUUGGCGAAGUGGUUCCAAUUUUUAAUUAGUUAUUAUUUUUCAUUGUAAGUGAGUUUGCAGACUUGRUGAUUUUCCUCCGYUCCAUACAGAGUGAUCAACUWUUAUAUUAACAACAACACCGUACUUGACUUCCUCGGUGUGUGCAAUUGCCCCGUAUAUUCAUUGCUGCAGAGCGUACGGUCCCCUUACUCAUUGCUCUCCGCGCGUUCGACCCGUUGUCGGAGAUCAGGCGCAUUUCAGUUAUCGGUUUUGGCUGUUAUGGGCGGAACGCCAAAGAAUAUUCUUCACUUGUUUCAAAGAGUGCCGAACAACGUUGCCCGCUGCUAGAUCGAGUAAUACGCCAAGAUUGAAUUUACCUUUUUUAACAUGAAUAGUAUUGGAGCAAUGAACUCUCCAGUGAAGCAGCCUUUGCCAACAGUAUUGGCUCCUCCUACUAUUUCAAAUUCUUCACCUUCCAAAGUACAACAACCACCGAAUUUAACUCCACUUAAUUUAAAUACUUCUCAAUCAGCUCAACCGUUGAGUCUAGUUCAUGAACAUAAAAAUAUUCCGAUUGUUAUCCCUUCACCUAUUAUAACUCCUGUUGAAAAUAUUGUUCCAAAAUCUACUGCUUGUAAUGGUAUACCUGAUACAAAACCGAUUGGUGAAAAAAUUGAAGAAGCCCUGCCCAAAAUUGAGUCACAAGUACUACACAAUCARGUUAAUAAUUCCACCAGUGUUAAAAGUGCAAAUGAAUCUCCUCUUUCUGAAGUGAAACCUCAAGUAUCAGAAGUUGAAAAUCUAUCUCAAAAGAAAGAUGAUAAGAAUAACUUACCAACWGUUCAAACCGAUAAGGUAGUUUUGCCAGAAGUCAUUUUAACAUCUAUAAAUGACCCGAUUAAACCUGAAGAAAUUAAUAAAACUGAAAAUGCAGUUUCCAAACCAAAAGAAAAUGAUACAAAACUUAGUCAAGAUUCUGCUGAAAAGACUACAGCUGAAACAAACCAAGGGCCAACAUUACCUCUUGAAAAAACUGAACAAGCACCUGUAAGCACUUCAAAAGUUGGUAUACGGCGAAAAAGAGAACAUAAACAACUAGAAGAAGAUGAUGAAAAKAAGGAAAAAUCAUUGAAAAAGGAUGCUCCUGUUGAAGAAAUUAAAUCUAAGCGUACUAGACUUCCUACACAACCUUUCCAAUUAUCAUUACUACCAGAAAUGCAUCAAAUCUCCAAAAUUUCUGAAAAAACUCUAUCUCCAAAAGUCAAUAGUGACAAAUUAACUGUGUUUUACAAAAAUGAAUUUUUGGCUGUAAGAAAUGAAGAAGGAGGAUUUUACUUAUGUCAAGCUAUGCAAAAUAUUCAUAGAGCUAGUCGCCGCAUUCGUAUUCGAUGGCUAACUCAACAUCCAAAUGAUGAAUUUACACCAGAUUUUUAUGAUCAUACAGAGUUUGAUUGUAUUUUGACCAAUAUAACAUUGAAAAAAAUACAGAAAGAACAGUGGAAACUUCCUGAAAAAGAGAAAUUAAGAAUUGAAAAUAUUUUGAAACGAUCUAUUGAUGUUGAAAAAGGAUCAGAAAAACCUUCAGUAACUGAAGAACAUCCAGAUGGCCUGGACGUAAGUUUGUUCAAAGAUGAAGCUCAACUAACAAAAAAAAAAGGUAGCAAAAAGAGCAUAACUGUAAAGAGGAAGAUGUCAACUGAUGAUCAACAACCGGUGAAAAAGUCAUCUAGAUUAUCUAAGAAAAAACCAUCUUAUGAUUUUGGGCAUUCGUCAUCUGAAAGUGACGAAAAUGAUGAAGAAGACAAUACUAACCAAAAAAAAUCAUCAAACAAAAAAGUUUUGAAAAAAAAAGUUGUUGCUAAGGAACCUGCUAAAAAAAUAAUAAGCAAUGUGGCAAAACCGAAAGUACCAGUUAGAAAAACUCAAACUCCUGUUAAACCGACUUAUGUACUGGCAUCAGUUUCAUCUGCUGUGAAGAAAAGAGAAAUAAUUGCUACAAAACAAAAAAAAGAAAAUAGUGUUUCAGAUAAAAAGUCUUCCAAGAAAGUAGAACCUAAAUCUCCAGCUGUUCCACUACCUUCAGAGAGAUCGUCAAAGACUAGAAAUGCAGGUAAUGCUGUCUCUGCAAAAAUAACUACUGCUGGUAUUGGAAUAGUUAAAAACAACCCAAAUGAUCGAAAAACCCUAAGAAAUCGUAAAUGAUAGACAUCAUAUAACACUUUGUAAGUAAUAUAGUCUACUACUUGUUUGAACAAUAUUGAAAACUUAAUUUUGUUAGUAAUAUUAUCAAUUUAACUUAAUUCUGACUUCUUGAAAGACUACAUUUUUAUGUUAAACACAUACCAUAUCACAAAUUUGUUUUGAUGUGUUGAUUCACAUUCUUGUUUAACUUUUAUAAUUUUAUACUUUUUUUCGUUUAUUAUUUUUUAUUAAGUUUCGAGUAACUUAGGUAGC